UCAUUGCUUCGCGAAAAGCGAACUGCAUAACAAAUCAACCAAUCAGAUCGUUCAGAAGCUUUGCCAUCCCAACAUCCCCGGAGUACUCCUGAUGCCACAUGGGAAGAUGUCUGUGCCUGAGGCAUGAAAAUCCCCAACCGUCGUUGCGGACAUUUCUUGGAACACCUCGACUGUAGUCGUGAAUGGCUCUGCAACGAGAUUCGGAUUCGAUCGUCCUUGGUUGAAUGGAGUUACCACAUGCUCCACUGCAGUGAAAAGUUCUUCUCACAGUCCGUUGCAACUUUGAUCACCCUGCAUAGCCAAGUCGUGCGGACGACGCAGUCAUCCAGGAGACAAGCUGAAUGGAUGUCUAAUCUAUCGCCACCAGCAUAUUUUGCGACAAUAGUUCCCCGGAUGCCCGCAUCCGACGAAGGAGAGACAACUUUUCUGCCCACAGAUCAACUAGCGUCGUCAAGUUGCUUCUAUACCGGCACGCAACAACGGCACACGACUCGCCAUCUCACCCUAUGGCCGUUUGAUUUAGUCGUGUUCGACAAUGAUCACACCCUUCAACCCACACUGGCGGAUCUAUCGGCCUCACUCCGAUCUAUUGUUGCGAUCACUGACUUUGACUGGCUCAUGGGCUUCUCGAAUGUGGCAUUGAGCCUGUCUCCCCUGCAUGGAAGAAGCGCGCCAGAAGAGCUCCCCGUCCUCGAGAAUUGGUUCUUCGCGAUAUUAUUGCUCCUUGCUGCGCCCAUAGAGCUGUCGCAAAUCUGAUCUUGAACUUGAUGUGGACAAAGACAGCCAAUCCCACCAAGGACCCUACCCUGUCGCCAAUGAGGUCUCCAUUUGUGAAUACGAUCAAGGACCCGCCCUGCAACCGCAGAGAGGUCCACGCCUUAAUAUUCUAAUGCAGAAGCGUAUGGAACUUCCAAAAUGCAUCCCACUAUCGAGGUUGGAUCAGCAAGCUCUUUCCCCAUCUGCGCGAUGCUUGCGGGCUCCAUGUCUGAAGAAUUCCUGCUAGUCCAUCAACUCGACGUGCUUGGUACGUUGACACUAAUACUCCUGGGUUUGACCCCCUAGAAUGGGUAUGCAUAUGCACGAGGCGGAUUAGCGCCGUCCUCGGCGCUGCACUGGGGUUGUAUGCUUCGGG